AUGUUCAUGCGCAGGAAAUCCAAGCUACUCCAAACUGCAAUCUUUCAACAUCCGUCGUUUGCAACACAAACAAACAGAGGAAGAUCAACUUAUCACCUCAUCAAUCGAACAGAUCAAGACCUUCGAGAGCAUGGGUAUCUAGCAGGGGAAUAUCCAGUCCACCGCUUCCACCGCUUCCGCCGCCUCCGCCGCCUCCUCGGCCGCUGCUCUGCUAUUGAUGACAAGACCAAACUGACAAUAUUUCUCUUUCUAGCACGCCUUCGCCUUGAAGACCUGGCACUUAGCUCGGGCCAACGUAAGACCGAUGGAUUGCAGUACACAAUCUGGAUAUACACCGACCUCAAUGCGUGUAGAAGAAGCAGGAUGAGAAACGGGUCAUGGAGGCCCAGCUCGCUGGACUCGAAAAAGACAUCUCAAGUCGGCUGCCUCGGCCGCAACCGUGAGCACAAGUCUGCAAAAACUCUACGAUCAGGAAUCCACGGCAAAUGGCGCACAUGAUUGGGGUCACAGUGUUGUGAAGAUGAAGAUGGCGACUACAAGGACCAAUGUUUAGGCCGAG